AGCCUAGCGAUAACAACGACAACAACAGUGGAGGGUCGCCAACAACAUCAACAACAUUGCAGUUGGAAAAGGCCAUUUUGUGAUUGCAGUGAAGAGAGGACUGGUUAAAUUCUGUUUGGGCAUUGUGAGUUGAUUUGCCGGAAAUGGUUUGAAUUCUGAUUCUCUUAAAGAUGGCUACCCCUAAAGAGCAAAUCACAGAUCAGGAGCAGGACCAUGAGGGUCCAGCAUCUCAUGGUGAUGAUCGACUACCUGAGAAAAUGGAUGAAACAAAAAGAGAUUUGCCAGCACAGUCAGAUAUGUCAUCAGGCCCUGUAAUUGAGCCAUCAGCUGCACCAGAAUCAGACAGAGAAAGAAUUAAAAUGCAAGCACUGGUUGCAUCUUUUUCUGAGUCCCAACUUAACAGAUAUGAAAUGUAUCGAAGGGCCUCUUUUCCAAAAGCUGCAAUAAGAAGGUUGAUGCAGAGUGUCAUGUCAGGUGGUUCUGUUCCUCCAAAUGUUGUCAUUGCCAUGGCUGGUAUUGCCAAAGUUUACAUUGGUGAGAUCUGCGAAGAAGCUCUUGAUAUCAUGGAAGAAAGAAAGGAACAUGGACCAAUCCAGCCAAAACAUUUGAGGGAAGCAGUCAGAAGACUCAAAAGUAAAAGCAUGAUACCAAAUUCGAGGUAUAAAAAGACUUUGCUAUGAACGGUAAGAGAUAGCUUCAUCUAACAUUGAUGUUGAGAUAUAAAGACAAAUCUUUUGAAGUUUGCUGAAUUCCAAAUUGCUCGCGCAUUGCCUGGUUCAAACGAAUGGAUUUACGAGUAGCUUUUUUUCGUUUUCGUUGUAAAUGUAGCCAAUCGUCGCUCCGGGGCCAAGAGGCGUUCCUGUUCGUGUUUUUGUGACUAGCUGCACAGAUUGGAAAAUCGUCUUUUUAAUAAAUCCGCGAGUGCGCACUUUUUUCUGCUUUUAUAACGUCAUUGUUCAAGCAACGAAAACGUUCAAUGGAAGCUAGUUGAUAAUAGCACAAUAUUCAAAGCAGAGUCCUUUCGAUCAGAUUGUCCUGUAAAGACAGCUUUUGGCAGAUGUGAAUCGUUACAAUCAAACAGCCAUAGGAAGCUACUCUGAUUUUCAACGUGGCACAUAUGACAUUAAAAACCUACACAUGUUUUGUAAACAGAACACAAGAGACUCUGAAGUGGAUGUCGUAUUCAUGAUGAAGUAAGAGAACUGAUUGGUCCCUUUAGAGGUACAUAAAGAAGACUGUUGGUUCUCUAGGAUAUUUCACGGAAAGUUGUACUUUUAACCUCUUAGUUGUCAGUUUGUAAUCCAUUUAAUAUCAGUUUAACUAAAGACUGCUUAUGAUUAUACAAAGUCAUUUCGUACCCAUAUUCUUACGAAUUAAAGAUCUAAGGGCAUAGCUUGCAGAUUCUGUUUCCUUUGUCAGGGGUUUUGUGCAGUCCUGUAUGUGUUUAUUUCUGAUUUUCGUUCCGAGGGAUUUCCAACAAGGAAAUUUCUUUACAAGCUACAUAUGAACCCUCAUGUUUCUUUAUCUCCCCGUUAAACCCUUAUAAUGUUUUCUUGCCCAUUCUCAGUCCUUGGCAACUUUGCGUAGAUCGGGAAGCUGGUGUUUUUCUUUCACUGGCCAUAUCUCACUCAAUUUCUUUCACUGGCCAUAUCUGACCAAAUUUCUCAUUGAUUGCACUUUCUUUUGUUUUCAUUGCGUUCUUUCAGGUUAUCUAGUUAACAGCCAGAAAUUCAGAAAAUAGAAUUUUUAAGGCGUCACACUUACAUGCUCUAUAAGAGACCCCUAGUAUAAAUCAUACUAGCUUUACCAAUAAUAUAUGGUUUGAGUUCGUCUCAGUUUGUUGCAGUAAUCUCCAACCAAUGACUCCAACUUAGUUCUUGAGACUAAACUAAGGUGGACAUCCCUUUCUUAUUGAUUUCAAUCGAACCUCCCUACAAGUAUUUAUUGUUAAUAUCAUGCUACCAACGUAGCUACGACAUGUUCACACUGAUGUGUUUCAAAGUCUGUUUUUUCAUCAAGCCGUUCGCAUCCAUGUUGAUACGACCAUUAAUGCCUUUUCAAAUGUCUCUGUUUUCAACUGUUUUAGUGUGGACUCAUUGGGCAAUGUCGCCUUGAUCCAUUAUUUUGUUAACUUGAUUUCUUUAUUGUAUUUCUUUGUUUUAUUCCCUUAAUAUUUCUUUUCGUAUUGAAGUUCGCGUAGUUCGUUGGUUGACCGAAGCAAAGUCUCUAAUUCAGUAAGUUUUCAUUUCUCAUCAAAAGAGGUCUCCUAUUUGCUAUUGAUCAGUCAUACUAAUUUGUCACCCUUCUCUAAUGUCAAGGACCCUCGAAAUUAAAUAAACAAUUGCCAAUGGAUGGGGGCACACCAAUUUAUUUUCAAUCUUUAUAAAAAAAGCAAUAAACAUGUUUUUUAACGGGAAAUUUCCUAUCUGAUCUGGGAUGGUGUUUGUUGGAUAAGUUAGUUUUUGCGCCGUAAAAGGCUUUCGAAUCUUUGUUUUGUUUUUCUUUAAGGGUAUAUGUGUUUGUAAUUUAUUAAAUUUGUCGAUUUGAAACAACCACCCCCCUCUUCUGAAACGGUGCCGAUUUUUGCAGAUCAGGCUAGCGUGCGUAUGAGAAUAAAAAAGCAACCUGAGGCGAGUUAGUUGUACUUCAAUCUAAAUCGUUAUUUUCCCGCUGUUUUGUACCAUCUUUAAAUGUUGUAGCAAGUAAGGCUCAAUUCCGCAUUCCUAUUGAACUUCUAGUUUGUUUGGCGAAAGUAACGCUUGCUUGAUUUCCAUAUAUAA